UCUCGCGGACACUGUCCCGGGCGCUCGGUGCAGGCGUCUCUCCCCGAAGCUGCAGCAGCCUGGCGCUCGGACCCUGCGCGCCAUGGAGCCCACCGGGUCACAGUUCGGUCUCGCCCUGCUGGUCCUGAUGCUGCUGCCGGGCUGUCCCGGGGCAGAGGAUUCUGUUGGCAAUCUGAAGAAUGCGCCCUCUAUUUGCUCUAUAUUCAGUGUCUCUGCCAGUGGACCAUCAUGGUGUGUGGUUCGAGGCAAGAUCAAUGAGAUCCUAUUUUUAAAAUAUACCUGUAGAAGUCUGAAGGCCAAACCCAUCGGUCCCCUGGGGGUGAUGCUGAGUGCCACAGAGGCCUGGGAUCAAUGGGUUGAACAUUGGAAGGACCUGGUGGAAGAGCUCCGCAAGGCACUGCUGGACAAUCAACAAAAUAUUUACAGAAACUAUCGUAAGUUUGCACGAUCCAGGGGAGAAGUAGAACAGUGUUGUAGGGGUAGGGGACAGUUGUGUUUAUGUCAAUAUUGGAAUUUUAUCCUACCCAAGAGGCCCAGCAGCCAGGGUAGGACACAGAAGACAGUUCAGGACCAGCAGACAGGAGGGGAGCAGAGGGCUGGGUACCAGGUGGGAACAGAGGAACUGUCAAGACCUGAGGCUGACCUCUUUCCCAUGGGCGUGGGGACAGAUCCUCUCUCCCUGCAGGGCAGCAUGAAGUGUCAGCAGGAAUCCAAUGGACGCCCCAGUGCAUUCUGGGAGUUUGGGGUCAAUGGGCAGAGAUGUCUCCACUUUGAGGUGAAGAACAGACGCUGGACAGAGUUGCAUCCUGGAUGUAGAUCAUUAAAGGAGACACUGGACAGUGACAGAGAUCUGACCAAUCUCCUUGUUGGGAUCUCACGUGGAGAUUGUGCGAAGUUGCUUCAUCAGAGCACAGUUCUGGACACAAAAGAAGAUGCUGCUCCAAAGCUCCUGCGAGUGUGGUCUAGUUCCACAUGUGUCCCUUCUCGUCGGCUGCCUUUCCGUCAUCCCCGGGUGCUCAACGGAAGGCCUCCAGGAACUGUGAUCGUUAGAGGCAUCAGAAGAUGGUGAUGGUACAGCGGAUGCCACAGUCACAUCCUCUGCUCCAUGGAAGUGACAUAGAAUUAAUUUGCUUAUUAACAUGUUAUCAUGCCAUAUGGUGUCUGGGAUAAUAGAAUGGAUGAAGUGUGGUAUGUUUACAAAUGGAACACUAUAUAAAAAUAAAUAAGUAAUAAACUGCUACACAAAACCCAUAUGACUCAGAGAUAAGAUGUGGAGAGAAAAUGUCAUACACAAGGGAACGUGUACUCUAUGGUGGGUUCACUGUAUCAGUUUCAAACACAGAGAAGACUGACCACUGAAAACAGAGCUCAAAAGAGUGGACACAUUGGGU